ACCUCAUGCAAGCAAGAUGCACCUCAAUCAUGCAACAGCAGUAAGCACGGCCGCCAUGAUCAAUUAUCAGCAUUAUGCACCGGCACAAAUUGCCACUUCCCAUGGGGUCACCACCUCGACAAAUCAACAUCAGACAAUUUCUGCAGCCGGACUGCAGCAGACCCCCUUUACACUACACCAGCUAACAGCAGUACAAGCCAUACAGCAUCCUACUCAUCAGGCCAUGUUGCAUCCGCAACAUCCGCUUGUCCAUCUGUUGGACAUAUCGACAACGGCCGCCAAUACAUCGAAUAUCAAUCACCCGGCGCCAAUAACACCAAUGACGGUAACUAAGGUGGAAAUGCCGGAGGAGAUGCCCGAGCCACAGAUUGAUGAUCCGCGCAAAAAGAAGCAGUGCCACAUUUGUAAGAACAAGUUUCGUCAAUUGACCACGCUGAGGAACCACAUGAAAAUACACACCGACGAAAGACCCUACAAGUGUAAACACUGUGAAAAGGCCUUCCGUCAGAUAUCCACUCUAACGAAUCAUGUUAAAAUUCAUACCGGCGAGAAACCGUUUAAAUGCAAUAUUUGCUCCAAGGAUUUUCGUCAACAAUCGACUUUAAUCAAUCACAUCAAAACGCAUAAGGUUUUUGCCUCACUAGCAGAACAACAACAAAAUGGAACGGCUGGACCUUUAUUAAAUUUUCAACCGCCCCAAACAACGCAGGGUACUUCACGUAAAGGACAGUCAAAAGCCGCUGCUCAUGCAGCAACGGCUCAAUUAAUACAUCAACAACAGCAACAAUUGCUACAGCAGCAGCAACAACAAGGGCAAAGUACAAUAAUAUAUACCCCACAACAAAGACAAAAUAUAACCAAGAGUCUUUAUACAGGCAGUUAUAAUUCACCACAGGCCGAUGAGCUGGUCAAGCCGUAUCAGUGUCAUAUUUGUAAACGAAGGUUCCCACAGUUAAGUACCCUGCAGAAUCACGAGCGCACCCACAUUGAUCCUAAACCCUAUAAAUGUGAUGGUUGCGACAAGGCAUUCAGUCAGCUGGCAACGCUUGCCAAUCACAAGAAGAUCCAUUCGGGCGACAAACCGUACGCCUGCCAAUACUGCUGUAUGACGUUCCGGCAACAGAGUACGCUCAACAAUCACAUGAAGACCCAUGCCAAUCAGGUGGCCACCAUAACGUCGCAUAACACCGCUCUGGGAGGAACAACAGGCACAGGAGGCGGCGGAGCAGCUCAGAAUCAUCAAACACAUGGUAAUAGUAACAUCCCUUUAGCAGCUGCUACCAUCAUGGUUACACCAACAGCUACAGGACAUUUACAAAUACAGCCCCAAGUAGAACACCACCCUUUGUUACAUUUUCUCGAUAGUAACACCACCGUCAGCACCCUAAGUAAUAAGGAACAGUUCGCCUCGUCCAAUAAUAAUAACAAUAAUAAUGCCGGUGGCCCAACUCCGACCGGAGUCGUUGCUCAUUGUAUACGUAACAGUUGCCCAGAUCGUCCAUUUAUGUGUAGUGUCUGUCGUCGGGCCUUUUCACAGCAGAGUACGCUGACCAAUCACUUGAAGACCCAUACCGGCGAGAAGCCAUACAAAUGCAAAAUAUGCGAAAGUCACUUCCGACAAGUCUCCACAUUGAAUAAUCACAUGAAAAUUCAUACUGGCGAAAAGCCAUAUGCAUGUUCCUAUUGUCCAAAACAAUUUAGACAAAAAAGUACACUAACUAACCAUGUGCGCAUACAUACCGGUUGAAAUACAGCAGCCACGGUUGGCGACGCCGUUGCUGCUGAUGCCGCUGCCAUUUC